AAUGUGUGAAGAAUUUUUGUUCGAUCGUACCAUUCAUUUUGAUAUCAGUGUCUCUAAAUUGAACAUGUAGAAAGGUGAAAAAACCUUAUAUAUGUGGCAUGAUGUUGAAGACAUCAAAGGAAAUCCUGAUUAACUUGGAAAAUUAAUUAUCUCUAAUACAAGAGUCUUAUGGUGGAAUCAACGAAAUACUACUGUCAAUCUAAGCAUUGGUUUAGGCACAAUCUUUCAUAUUGAACAGAAAAUCACUAAUAACAAUAGAACAUUUGGUACUCUCUUUAGAACUAAACUAACAUCAGGAUAAAAAUAUGAAUUUCAUUUCUCUAGUCCAGAUAAAAAACUUUAUGAAUCCUUACUAGCUACCUAAAGAUUAUAUACGUAAUCUAUAUUACAUCGAGAAAUCAAAGUUUAAUUUGCUAUGAUUUCUCAAAAAAAACUUAAUCUUUGUGAAAAAGAAUAAAUUAUUAAUCAAUAUAACAAUACAAUCAGUGUUGCUAAUGAUCAAUAAGAUGUUACUGGAACUCUUAUCUUUACCAAUGUUAGAUUUGUAUGGUUUUCUGCAACUAAUGAUCUCUUUAAUAUUAGCAUCCCUUGGAUUGCAGUUAAAAAAAUUGCAAAAAAAACUACUAAAGGUUUAUAUACUAUGAUUGUUGAAACACAUUAAGAUUUUGGAGGAUAUUUUGUUGGUUACAGAAAUAAUGAAAUUGAUAUUAUGUUAAAAGAAUGUAAUAAAUUACAUUCCUUUUAUAUUGAAAAUCCUAUUUAUGGAAUUGAAGUUUAAGAAAAAAUAUAGCCUUCUUUUCAAAAAUUUGAUGAAAAGGUCUAAGUGGUUCAAAGCAUCUAUAAUUAAGCUGCAAGAUAUUAAGCUAACGAAAAUAAUGAUACAUAAAAUGAUAUAGUAUAUUCUCCUGAGUUAGGUUUAGCCAUUUAGAAAUUACCUGGAGAUUCUAAAUUAUGUGAUUUAUGGAAUAUCAUUAAAUAUUGA